AGCUCAAUAUGCGAGUUACACUAAUGGUUUGUCAAUUAUGCCUGAAUGGACCGGACUAUACACAGCCAUUUCAAAUGGUGAAGUAUUGAUGCCAAGUGAUGAUGGAUAUGCUUCCAGCCUUAGGAGAUGGAGCAAGGCGGCUGAAUUGAAGUCUUGCGUGGUAGUUAAACCAGCCUGUGCUGAGGAGGUAGCUGCUGCCGUAAAGUUUGCCUCUGCUAGCCAGCUCUCCCUAGCUGUCUGUGGCGGCGGUCAUUCGACUAGCGGGGCAUCAUCAUCAGAAGGCAUGCUCAUACAUCUCGGAAAUAUGCGAAGGGUCGACGCGGAUGAAACCAGUAUGACUGUGUCGUUUGAGGGCGGAUGCCUGUGGGCCGACAUUGACAAGCCAUUAGAGGCCCGCGGGUUAGCUGUCGUCGGAGGCGCGGUGAACCACACCGGGGUUGGGGGGUUAAUCCUAGGUGGUGGCCAUGGAUGGCUGACAGCGAAGCAUGGCCUGGCGAUCGACAACCUCAUAGCAGUCCAAAUCGUUACGGCCGAUGGUUCCAUCCUUGACGCCUCAGAAACAGAAAAUGAAGACCUUUUCUGGGCCGUCCGUGGAGCUGGGGCUCAGAUUGGCGUCGUAACGCGAUUUUUGUACCGUGUCCACCACCAGGGAGAGGUAUGGAGCGGGAUCCUCGCCUUUGCACCGGAUUCCCUGCCUGGACUUUUGGCAUUUGCCAACGAGUUCCACAAUCGAGAUAAUCGCGAAGGUCAUUGCUUGACUAUCGGCGUGGGCCACACGCUGGAUGGGACAACUCGUAUCCUCACUGCUAUCCCACUUUAUCAUGGUCUACAGGGGGGAGCCAAGAGCUACUUCUCAGGACUCUUAAACAUGAGUCCUAUCAUGGACUCAACUAAAAUGAUGUCCAUCGCCGAGGUCAACACCUUACAGAACCCAUUGUGCGAAUACGGGAUGCGCCGUCUCCAAGGCUCUGCGAAUGUCACGAUGCCCCUGCAAAUAGAAGCCUUUCAGCAAAUGGCGGAUAUGGUUUGGUCGUUUCAUGAUGACCAUCCGAAUGUUACUGUUUGCUCCAUGGCAGUGGAACUUUUCUCCACCCACAAGCUACGCGAAGUUCCCCUGCAUGAUACAGCGUACGCCAAUCGCGGGGCGUACUAUGAUGUCGUUACCAUGUUUGGAUGGACUGAUUCCAGCCUGGAUGCGGCUGUGCGUCAAUUUAAUGCGAAGUUAUGUGCGGUGAUACGAAAUAUCAACGGAUAUGAGCGUCAAAGCCACUGUGAAGGGGACCAUCUCGAGGCAGGGCCAGUGGGGCGUUAUCUGAAUAUGGAGAACGGGCCGGUAAAGCCUACUGACGCAUACGGGGACAAUUUGGAGAGGCUGAGAAUGGUGAAGAAUAGGUAUGAUCCGGAGAAUAUUUUUCAUAAGUGGCAUGGCGUGGUUAGUGGAGAUUGCGGGGAAUGAUGUUCGGC